UCGGUGCCAAAACUGCGUUAAUAGUCUACUUCUGAGGAAAACGAAGGGGACACCAAUCAGUCCACACGUUCUGCCGUGUACUGGAUUAUUUCCGGUUAAUUAAGAUAUAAUUCUGCCAAUAACUGAGUAACGAGGAGCACUAUCAAAUUCUGAGAACCCCUAACCCUUGUCUAAAAAUACGUCGUAUGAGUUGAGGAUUUAUGGACUGAAAACUGGGGAUGUUGUCCGUUGUAGAACAGUUUAUAUUGAAAAACAACCAGUGACAUUUUAAUUCCUUUCUGCAGCCGGAAUUUCUCAUUUAUUAUCAGUUAAAUGAGUGUCGACGUUAUCAAACUGACGCGGAGUCGUGGGAAUGGCGUGGAGAAAUAGCGCGGCCACUUAUGGACUAUUUUCCAACGAAAGGAUUUUAUGUUUUCUUGAUGUCUGGAUUCUUUAAACAAGGGGUGUAGGGGGUCUGUGUUACCUCGAACAUCAUCUGUAGUACCCAGACAAGAAGCCUCGGUCUCGGUUGAGACGCAGGGAUCUGGAGAGCAGACAAAAAGAGUGAUCGACGAAGGCUGAGGUGUUACCUCUCCGAGGGCUCAUGGAUCUCCCUGUGGUGUCAUUUCUGCUGUGGGGACUGCUACUGGACUUGUUGAGUGGUGCAGUGGGUGGCAUUCUCUACCAUGUGCAUGAGGAACAGCCUCCCAGCACGCUCAUUGGCAGCCUGGCGGCAGACCAGGGCCUACCAGACACUGGACACCUGUACAAACUAGAGGUGGGCGCUCCCUACUUGCGGGUGGAUGGCAAGACUGGGGAUAUCUUUACCACUGAGAUCCCCAUAGACAGAGAGACACUGAAGGAUUGUCGCAAUAAAGGCAAGCCUUGCUUUCUAGAGUUUGAGGUGUCGGUCACAGACCUUAUUCAAAAUCAGAGUCCACGGCUGAUAGAGGGAAGGAUUGAGGUACAGGAUAUCAAUGAUAACACACCACAGUUUCCCUCACCUGUCCUCACCCUCUCAGUUCCAGAGAACACCCACAUGGGGGCACUCUUCUCAAUUCCGCUGGCCACUGACAAAGACACGGAGAGGAAUGGAGUAGCUGACUACACCUUAACAGCAGGACCAGAGGCUGUAGCACCCUUUGGUCUGCAGGUUGCAGAAGACCGUGGUGAAAAAUUGCCUCAGCUGAUUGUAUUGGGAAGCCUUGAUCGAGAGCUGAAAGACUCCUAUGACCUCACCAUCAAAGCUGUAGAUGGUGGCAAUCCACCUCGCUACAGCAGUGCCUUGCUGAGGGUUGUGAUCGCUGAUGCCAACGACAAUGCUCCCAAAUUUGAAAAAUCAUCCUACGAUGCAGAAGUUGCAGAGAACAGCCCAAUCGGACACUCUGUGUUGCAGGUAAAGGCUAAUGAUUCAGACUUGGGUCCUAAUGGUGAGAUUGAAUACACGUUACAUCAGGCAAUUGAUCCUGUGCCCAAACUACUCCGGAUAGACCAUUCCACUGGUAUCAUAUAUGUGAAAGGCCUGUUGGAUCGUGAGGAGAUCAACAAUCUGAAGUUUUAUGUUGUUGCACGAGACAAAGGCCCCUCACCCAAAAGUUCCAAAACAUAUGUUUCUAUUGAUGUGACAGACCAGAAUGACAAUGCACCAGCAGUGGAGAUUCGUGGUAUUGGACUUGUGACCCAUAAUGAUGGGGUAGCAAACAUAUCAGAGGACAUGCCAGUUGGCACUGCAGUGGCACUGGUGCAGGUUUCAGACAAGGAUGAAGGGGAGAAUGCUGUGGUUACCUGUGUAGUUGCGGGUGAUGUUCCUUUUCAGCUUCGGCCAGCCAGCGAGUCCUCAGUGGAUAACAAGAGGAAGUACUUCCUGCAGACCACAACACCUCUAGACUAUGAAAGAAUUAGAGACUACAGGGUGGAGAUUGUGGCAGUGGAUUCAGGCAACCCAGCUCUGUCCAGCACUAACUCACUGAAAGUCCAAGUGACUGACACAAAUGACAAUUCUCCCAUUUUCUCACCAACUCUAUUUGAAGUGGAGUUUGCUGAAGAGAACCAGCCAGGAGAAAAAGUAGUAGAUGUAAUCGCCUCAGAUGCAGACAGUGGCACUAAUGCAGAGCUUGUCUACAGCAUUCUUGCAGACUCUUCAACAAGGGGGCUUUUUGAGAUUGACCCCAGCUCAGGUGAAGUACGUGCUCGGAGCCCUCUAGAUCGUGAGCACAAGGAAAGAUAUGAGUUCCGUGUUACUGCGGCUGAUAAAGGGGUUCCUAGUCACAGGGGAACAGCCACAGUUGAAAUCAAGGUGCUCGAUCGGAACGACAAUGAUCCCAAGUUCAUGCUGAGUGGCUACAGCUUCUCAGUCUUGGAGAACAUGCCACCUCUUAGCCCUGUUGGUAUGGUAACUGUACAGGACAUGGAUGAAGGUGAGAAUGCUCAAGUGCAACUUUCCGUAGAACCAGAUGUGGGGAAAUUUGUGAUCCAGAAUGGCACAGGGACUAUCCUGUCCAGUAUCUCAUUUGACCGAGAGAAGGAAAGCAGUUACACAUUCCGAUUGAAAGCUGUGGAUGGAGGGGACCCACCCAGGUCAUCCUACGUUGGCGUGACAAUUAACGUCCUUGACGAGAAUGAUAAUGCACCUGUUGUCACCAAACCAUCUAACUCAUCCUUUAGACGACUGUCUCCAAUGGCUGCUCCAGAAAGUGUUGUGGAAGUAGUUGAAGGGGAGGACAUUGAUUCAGGGUCCAAUGCUGAGCUGGUAUAUAGCAUUGCUGGGGGAAACCCACAUGAUCUUUUUUACAUUGCUCCAUCUGAUGGAAAGAUCACGCUAACUAAGGAACUCACUCGAAAACAUAGUGGUUUGCAUCGACUGGUGGUAAAAGUGAGUGACAGGGGGAAGCCAUCCCGCCAUGCCAUUGCCUUGGUACACAUUUAUGUAAAUGAGACCAUUGCUAAUGUAAGUCAUGUUGAGGCACUUGUAGGUCACAGUUUGUACACCCCACUGGACAUGGACAUUGCAGGAGACCCUGAUUAUGGUUUGGCUGCCCAAAGAAGCAACAUUGUGUAUGGCAGUUUGGCUGGAGUGGCAGGGGUGGUCACUGUGAUUGUUGUGGUGGUCUUCAUCAGGCAUCGCCUUCAGAGAGAAGCUAAAAGUGGUUACCAAGCUGGAAAGAAGGAGACCAAAGAUCUGUAUGCUCCCAAGCAAGGGCCAAAAAGUGGCAAAGGGAGAAAAGGUAAAAAGGUUAAGCCACCAAAGUCACCCAAACCUCUUGGAGAGGAAGAAGAAGUCAGUCUUCAAAAGAGUCUCAAAUUUAACCUUGAUGGGGUCAAUGACAGCCCCAGGAUCCAUUUACCUCUGACAUAUCCGCCUGGAAGUCCUGACCUAGGCAGGCACUACCGUUCCAAUUCCCCAUUGCCCUCCAUCCAGCUCCAGGCCCAGUCCCCAUCUGCCUCCCAAAAGCACCAGGCUGUCCAGGAGCUCCCUGCUGCCAACACCUUUGUGGGAACAGGAGGUGAUGACAACUCCACAGGCUCAGACCAGUACUCGGAUUACAGCUACAAGACCAAUCAACCAAAAUACAGCACAAAAACGCUCCCGCAUCGCAGAGUGACAUUCUCCACAGCCAAUCCCUUGCAAGAUCAGCAGGACUCCUCCCAGCAGAGUUACUAUGACAGUGGCUUGGAGGAGUCAGAGACCCCGAGCAGCAAGAGCUCUUCAGGGCCACGUAUUGGGCCCCUCGCACUGCCUGAGGACCACUAUGAGCGAACCACCCCCGAUGGCAGCAUUGGCGAGAUGGAACACCCAGAAACCGAUAUUCGCUCAUUGCCUGACGUUGCCAUGACGGGAAACUGCAGUCAGGAGUGUAGCGAGCUGGGUCACUCAGAUGCCUGUUGGAUGCCCGGUCAGCCUUCACCUGUUCGCAAGACACGCAACCCCCCCAAACUGUCCACGUUUGUGCCUUAUCAGGAGAGGGGGAGCCUUGGACGCCUGGCCAAUGGGGGUGUGAGGCUUGGAGGAGAGGAGAACAGGCCACGCCUCCCACCUUCCCGUAGUGCCUACUCCAGUAGUGACCACACCCCCAGUGACCACGCCCCACUGGAGGAGGUGCCUCUGAGUGUGACAGAGUUCCCGCCCACCAGUCCCACCUCCAAACAUGCCUCGAAAAGGGAGAUAUACCUGUGAGAUAACCACACCCACCAUCUUCGAUUGAUGCACAUCAGAGGUUACAGAGACACAGUUUCGUAUAGAGAUGUUUGUAAACAAACAUCAGACUUGCAACAGGAUGAAAUAUCAAUUUUUGGUCAUCAAAAAUGUGUUAAAGAGUAGAUUUAUUUAUUUAAUCAUUCAUUCAUUUAUUCAUCUGUCUAUUUAUUAUCACUUAAUUUUUUUUUUUUACUGUUAUUUCUUCCAAACUGUUGCUUUCUUUUUUUUCCCAUACCAUCAAAAACAAUGGACGAUACUUUGGUGUGAUUAACCGAGUUUAACUACUGAGUGCCAUGGACAGGAGGUACUGCUGUAAAGGGUCUUGAGCCACAUAUAGAGUGUUAAACACUCUUAACUUAAUCCUGUCCUCAGAGGGGAGCAGUCUUUAUACAUGUAAAAUGCUGUAAAUACAUUUGUAUGGUGUGUAUAUAUAUGAAUAAUACUAUCAGGCUUGAUUUGAAAAAUAAUAAAAACGGUAUAUCUAAACCAGCCUGAACACCUAUAGUGUGUGUUGAUACUGCUGCAUAAUGUGUGAAAUAAUUUGUCGGGAAGGUGACUAGAAGAACUGGAUUGGAAGGGACAAAUUUCUUAUAGACUGGUGCUCUGUGACCCUCGCUGCGCCCGGUCUAGGCCACACAGUGUAUAGUUUGUAUGUAUGUAAGUGGGUGUGUCUUAGUUGAGGGGGGUGCUUUUAAAAGUGAUUAACACUCAGAGCUUAACAUAUAUCGAUGUGUGUGUGUGUGUUUGUGCAUCAGGGGACCUACUGUCACAAAGUAACGCCUGUGGCUUCUGGUAUUAACACCCUAUUCAACAGAUGAGAAUGCACGUGCAUACUUCUGUGUCAUGCAGCAAAACUUGUGUUUUUUGGCACUGUGAAUCUUCCCUUCCUCCUGAACUCCCAUGGUGUAGUGCAGUCUGUUUGGCACUUGCAAAGACACUUACAGCUCAAAUAGUACAGCCUCAGUGAGGAGGGGACCGUCUGCCUCCCCUCUGAUUAUCGGUAGGUUUACCAUUUUUACACUACUAAAAAUGGUAGUAACAAUGGUGAUUGAGAGUCUAUAAACACGCAGAGCCUCCAUCAAAUGGAUCCAAUUUGGCACGAUCAUAUUCACAGUCCUGUUUUUGUUGUUUACAUUGUUUUAUUACGACUGAUUUUAAAGGGAAAAAUGUUGUGUCCUAUUUAGAUUUUGUUUUGAUGAACAAAUGUAUUAAUGCCUUAACAACAGUUGUAUAUAACAAUCACAAUGGACAAAUUAGACUGAUAAUCCUGUCUUGUCUUUCGCAUGUCAAUUGUGCAUGUUUAUUUUUUUCCACAAUCAAAUAAUUACAAAUGCUAGAAAACAUACAUUUACACACCACAUUUUGCCUAUUUUCCUCCAUCUUUUUUACAUGAAUGUUCUGUCCUCCAUUGAUUGAGAAUUUCUUUGGGUUUAACUCGUUUUAGUUUUUUCUUUGACACUGUGCUGACUAUCUAACCUGCUCUAAAGCUGUCUCCCUCCUUGUUUGAGAAAAUCUUUGGGGGACUACUUUAAUAAUGACUAUCUAUUGUGCUCAAGGACUCAGAUAUCUGAUGGACAUUUUCAUAACUCACAGUGUAGCGGCUUAAUAUCUUGACUUUUUCUGCAAUUGUUGCAGCACGAUACCUGCCCAGAUCCCAGUGCUUGGGCAAACGUGAGUUUUUGUCUGAAGGGGGGGUUGAUGGGGUGUUCUGUGAUGGGCAUUUCCUUAAUUAGGGUAAUGAGUGUGGUGCAGUUGGCAUACAUGAACACUUCAGCCCCCAAAGGAAGAACGGAUCACAGAUAAGAUCCCGGUCAAUCAGUGAAAAAAUGCCUUCAGUUGUUUAGAGAGGGACACUUUUCACUGCAUUUAACUCAUCAAAACUGCCUUCAGAGCCUUGCGCUAAAUAAUUAAGGCCAAAACAUAUGGAAAUUGCCGGACAUAGCCAUGGUUAAAUAAGGCAAAUGAUUAUCCCGCUCUAAGGAAAGAAAGCACAUUAUGCUGUUUUCAAAGCCAUUUAGUGACUCUGAUAGAAAAUCCAGCGAGAGUCAUGAUCCAGCACAAUUAGCCCAGUUCACAUUUCCCUCCUCUUCACCGCGACUGCGCUCAGCUUUAGCUCUACCUAGGCAAAAGUGUGGGAUCGCUGACCUGACUUCACACAGCUAAAAGAUAGAGAUGACCACAAAACUCUACCACCACUUAAAGGCUUUCAUCUUUUCAAACUCUGAGUGAAGAAGGCUUUGACCUUACCACACUAUGAUGCCAGGCUGAGUCAGAUACUCUGAAUUGCAGGUUUCGCCUUCUCUGACUUCAUCUUGAAUUUGUGAGUCUGGCUCUUUUAUUCAUUGUAAUUCUAAGGCUACAGACUCUUCUGAGUCAUUUGCCCGAAACGCUGGUUUUGUUUUCUGAGCCCCAUAGAGGACAGACUGACUAAUGUCCACUUCUUGUGGUAGUUUUUUAAAACUGGUGUUUAGAAGUGUGCUCUUUCACUGUUAGAUGUCUAGCUGAGGACUUAUGGAUGUGACCAAGACCGUAAUGAAUGAAUAAGUCUUUUAUUGUCCCUAGAUUGAGACUUUUCUUCAUAGAAUAAAAACUGUUGUUUGUGGUAAACAUCUGUCAAAAAAGUGUGUUGUACAUAGCUCUCCACAAUCUCCCCCCAGAGUUGAGUAUGAAUUCCAAAGAUAAUUGGUAGAAACCGUUUACUGUUCUUGCUGAGAUGUUCAUGCCAGUUCAGAAACCUUUCCUUGAGAACAAAAUAGACAUUCGCUGCACAAACACAUCUUCACCGUUCACCCCAAACUAAAGACAGCUGCCUUGAAAGUAUGUCUUUUGCAGGAGAGUUCAAAACUUGUUAUCCUUAAUUGUUGGUUAUAUUUAUAUAGGACUAAAAUGCUUGUGAUGAUCUGUUUUUGUACAGUUUUAUGUACAUGCAAGUGAAGCUUUUUAAAUCUUACAACAUAAGCCGAUGGCAUAUACAAAUCGUAAAGUGUUUAUUGAGAUGUGCACAUCUUGCCUUGGAUGGAUUGAUCUUUUGCUGAGUCGGUGUGAAUGUGGUCGUUGUAUGCCUGCACUGUAGUCAUUCACUGGCUCCUGUCACCGAGGGCUUUAUCAGUUUUUAUGUUUAUCGUGAACAGUGGAUAGUCCGAUCCGACUUGUUUGUUUGAUUCCCAUGUGUUUUGUUUUGUUCUGUUCCGCAUGUUGAAAACAAACUCCUUGUAACAAGUCCUUGCAAAAUUUGUAAUAAAAUUAGUGAAAAAAAAGA